AUGCCUCUCGCCGUAGGACAGUCCGCCCUCAAGGGGGAGGUCGAGGUCGCCCAGGCCGAGAUGCCCAUCCUUGAGGAGGUCAAAUGGUGGCGUGAACCCGGUCUGCGAAGGCUGUACUUCUGGGCCUCUGUUCUUUGCGUCGCCUCUGCGACUACCGGUUACGAUGGAAUGAUGCUUAACACCUCCCAGAACUUGGAUUCAUGGCAGCAAUUUUUCAAUACUCCUUCCGGCUCUAAGCUGGGUUUGAUGAAUGCGAUCUACCAGAUUGGUAGUUUGGCCAGUUUCCCAUUUGUCCCAUACAUGGCCGAUCGCUGGGGCCGUAAGCUCCCCAUCAUCAUCGGCUGUCUUCUGAUGAUUCUCGGUGGAUUUCUUGGCGCAUUCUGCAAGGAUUAUGGCAUGUACGUUGCCGGUCGCCUGUUCCUUGGCUUCGGCAACAGUCUGGCCCAGAUGGCCUCACCAGUGCUUCUCACUGAGAUCUGCCAUCCCCAACACCGUGGCAAAGUCACUACCAUCUACAACUGCUUGUGGAACCUUGGCGCAUUGGUUGUCGCAUGGAUUGCAUGGGGCACGAUGUACAUUGAGAACGAUUGGUCCUGGAGGAGCUUGACUAUUCUCCAGGUUUUCCCCGCCGUGAUUCAGAUUGCUCUGAUCUGGUGGGUCCCGGAGUCUCCCCGUUGGUUGAUUUCCAAGGAGCGAUACGACGAGGCUCUCCAAACCCUGGCUUACUACCACGGUAACGGCGAUGAGUACAAUGCCACUGUUCAAUUCGAGUACCGUGAAAUCAAGGAGACCAUCCGUCUGGAGAUGACUUACCAGAAGAAUAGCAGCUACCUGGACUUCAUGCGAACCCGGGGCAACCGCUAUCGUCUGGCUCUCCUGGUUUCCCUUGGAAUUAUCUCGCAGUAUAGUGGCAAUGCCUUAUUCAGCAACUACACUAGCUUGAUCUACAACAGCAUGGGUAUCACUGAGCAGACCAAGAAGAUUCCGCUGAACGGUGGUCAAACUUUGUUGAGUUUGGUGGUCAGUAUUAGCAGUGCAUUCUUUGUCGACCGAGUUGGACGUCGACCUCUCUUCCUGAUUUCCACUGCGGGCAUGGUUCUUAUGUUCCUUGCGUGGACAGUCACUUCCUCGGUGUAUGAAAAGACUCAGGAUGUCAAGACCUCGGGCUAUCCCCAGGUUGUCUUCGUGUGGCUGUUCUCUGUCUUCUAUGCCAUUGCGUGGUCCGGACUGCUGGUCGCUUAUUCGCUCGAGAUCCUGCCCUACCGACUCCGUGCCAAGGGUAUCAUGAUUAUGAACCUGACUGUCCAAGCCUCGUUAGUCCUUGGAAACUACACCAACCCAAUCGCCUGGGAGAACCUGCCCCACCACUGGAACUUGUCCCUCAUCUACACGAUCUGGAUCUUCAUUGAGCUUCUCUUCGUCUACUUCUUCUACGUUGAGACUCGCGGACCUACUCUCGAAGAGCUGGCCAAGAUCUUCGACGGUGAGGAUGCAGCCGUGGCCCAUGUUGAUAUGUAUCAAGUUGAAAAAGAGGUUGAAGCAACUCAUCAUGAGAGGGCUGCUUAA